AUGGAAGCGGCCCCGGGCGAGCGCUGCCGGCCGCGGCCGCUGCCGGCAGGAGAGGCGGUGACGGAGGGAGACCCCCUCCUCGUGGCUGAGCUGAAGCCGGGACAAUCCCAACAGUAUGACUGGAAAUCCAGCUGCGAGACCUGGGGUGUGGCCUUCUCCCCCGACGGGACCUGGUUUGCCUGGUCACAGGGCCAUGGCAUGGUCAGGCUGCUCCCUUGGCCUUUACAGGGGACUGAGCAUAACAGCAAAGCUUUGGAACGCAAGAACCAGGGUGGGAAAACCAAGCCGAAAGGUUACGGUGGGCUCAAGGAGAAGACAUUGGAAUGUGGACAGAUCGUCUGGGGUCUGGCUUUCGGUUCCUGGCUGCCCUCCCAACCACACAAGUAUCGCCACCGGAAGGAAAGUUCUCCUUGCUUGAUCCUGGCCACGGGAUUAAACGAUGGGCAGAUUAAAGUCUGGGAAGUGGAAACAGGGACCCUGCUUUUUAACCUCGUGGGGCACCAAGACGUGGUGAGGGAUCUGAGCUUUGCGCCCGGCCACCCCUCUUCCAUUCUCGUCUCCGCAUCCCGGGACAAAACACUUCGAGUUUGGGACCUGGGUCAAAAUGUGAAACAAUUGAAAGUGCUUUCUGGACAUUCGCAGUGGGUUUACAGUUGCUCCGUUUCUCCCGACGGUCAGAUGCUCUGCUCCGUGGCUGGAGAGAAAUCGGCUCUCCUCUGGAGUAUGCGCUCCUAUCGCCUGCUGCGGAAACUAGAAGGUCACCAAAGUUGCGUUGCGUCUUGUGACUUUUCUCCAGAUUCGGCUCUUCUCGCCACGGCCUCUUACGACACCUGUGUGAUCCUUUGGGAUCCCUGCACGGGGGAGAAGCUAAGAUCCCUUUGGCACCAUCCGUUGCAACCUGCAGUGGACCAGGGUGGGAACUUCCACACCAGCUCCCUGAGGUCCGUGUGCUUCUCAUCUGAGGGCCUCUACCUUGCCACAGUGGCAGACGAUAGGCUCCUCCGGAUCUGGGCAUUAGAGCUUGAGAGUCCUGUGGCCUUUGCUCCUGUGAAGAAUGGCCUCUGCUGCACUUAUUUUCCACAUGGUGGGAUCAUCGCAACAGGGACAAGAGACGGUCACGCCCAAUUUUGGACAGCUCCACACGCUCUCUCUUCUCUGAAGCACUUAUGUCGGAAAGUCCUCCGCGGCUGCUUCACAAGCUACCAAGUUCAGGCACUGAGCAUUCCCAAGAAGAUGAAGGAGUUCCUCACCUACAAGACUUUAUGAUGUUGGCUCAACGGAGACGCUGCUCCGCUCCGUCCGUUUCUCGCACGGCCUGGUGUUGCGCACACGCAAGACAAAAAAACUUAC